UCCUUCCCCCCCUCCCCUUCCUCCUCUCGCUUCGCUUUGGCUGUAGGAGGCCCCGGACUGGCCUGCUCGGCUCUUCGGCGCCCGCCCGUCUUCCUUUCGGCCAGAUUUCCCAUCACUUGUACUAUAAGAGGCGAGAAGAGACCCAUUCAAGAGAAUGAGUGAACUGGAACAGUUACGGCAGGAGGCAGAACAGCUCCGGAAUCAAAUCAGAGAUGCAAGAAAAGCAUGCAGUGACACAACUCUUGCUCAGAUCACCACGAGUCUUGACUCUGUGGGUCGAAUCCAGAUGCGUACAAGGCGUACCUUGAGGGGUCAUUUAGCCAAAAUCUAUGCUAUGCAUUGGGGAUCCGAUUCAAGGUUACUAGUGAGUGCUUCCCAAGAUGGAAAAUUAAUUAUUUGGGAUAGUUAUACAACAAACAAGAUGCACGCUAUUCCUUUGCGGUCUUCCUGGGUAAUGACCUGUGCGUAUGCGCCAUCUGGCAAUUAUGUCGCUUGCGGUGGAUUAGACAACAUCUGUUCUAUCUACAAUCUGAAGACACGGGAGGGCAACGUACGAGUGAGCAGAGAACUCCCCGGCCAUACCGGCUACUUGUCCUGCUGUCGCUUUCUAGACGAUAACCAAAUUGUUACGAGCUCUGGAGAUACUACCUGUGCUCUGUGGGAUAUCGAGACGGGCCAACAGACGACUGCCUUUACUGGGCAUACUGGCGAUGUCAUGAGUCUUUCUCUAAGCCCAGACAUGAGCACUUUUGUUUCGGGUGCCUGCGAUGCCUCCUCCAAGCUCUGGGACAUCCGAGAUGGGAUGUGCAGGCAGUCAUUCAUGGGACAUGUGUCUGACAUUAAUGCAGUUUGUUUCUUCCCAAGCGGCCAUGCCUUUGCCACUGGUUCAGAUGAUGCCACCUGUCGACUCUUUGACCUUCGUGCAGACCAGGAGCUCAUGUUGUAUUCCCACGACAACAUCAUCUGCGGGAUCACUUCUGUAGCUUUCUCAAAGAGCGGACGUCUCUUUUUGGCGGGCUACGACGAUUUCAACUGUAACGUUUGGGAUACCCUGAAGGGUGAACGUGCAGGUGUUCUUGCUGGUCACGACAACCGAGUCAGCUGCUUAGGAGUGACUGACGAUGGCAUGGCUGUAGCUACAGGAUCUUGGGACAGUUUUCUCAGAAUCUGGAAUUAACGUGGCGUUUUGAACCCCUCCCCUCCACCCAUAGACACGCACACCUUCUCCACUGAGAUCUGGAGAGAGCAAUGCUGCAGCCUCUUGCUGUGAAAUAACAUUUCUACUUUGUAUUUACAGGUGAAGUUUUUCUACUUGCUGAUUAUUGCAUAAGUAGGCUUUCUGUAAAUGAGAUUAAAACACACACACAGAAAGAACGAAGAAAGUGGUAGAUGGGAGAAAUCGGUGACUUUUCUUUUAAAGAAAAAGAGAGAGAGAGGGCGGGACCCCUGUUUGGGGUGAGCAAAGCUAUAUAAAAAUAAAUAAAAAAGCCAGUCAGUUAGCAUUUCGUUUGGCUACAUUUGCCCUGAAGGGAUUUCUGCUUGUACCCCCAGUCCUGCUAAUACUGUACCUUUUUGUACAUAAUUAAAUAUACACAUAGCAGCCAAUCAUGUAACAUUUUGUCUGUAAGUAAAGGAACAAUGUUUGCGGUUUUUUUUUUCUUUAAAAAAAAAAAAAGAAUCUGCAUUUAUAUAGCUCUAUGUUUAACCUAAGGUGUAUUUUCUUGAGUUCUGCAGUGGAUCGGCUGGUCUGCUCUUCUAAUUCCCCCCCCCCCCUCGUUGUGAAUUUUACUGUAGAUAAAAAGUGUGAAGUUAAUGAGCUGUUUGUGAAAUUUUAUAACAGAGUGUCUGUAUAAAACAAAACAAACAAAGGAAAAAAUCCCUUGAUGACUGGUGACAACUUUGCCCCUUUCUUGCUCCGUGACUUUUUUUUUAAUCUCCCCCUUAGUGGUAGCAGAUCCCCAGAUAAUCCAUUAGAAGCCACGGGGCGCUGAUCCCCACAGAGUUAAGCAGAUGAUCAGAUGCAUAACAUAAGAACUGAAACGUUUCAAGGAUUUAGAUUUUGAGUUUCCUUCUAUAACAGCCUCUAAUGCAGUGUUUCUCAACCUUGGCAACUUGAAGAUGACUGGACUUCAACUCCCAGAAUUCUGGGAGUUGAAGUCCAGACAUCUUCAAGUUGCCAAGGUUGAGAAACACUGCUCUAAUGAGAUAUCAGGUCAGGAAAUGGAAGGAUAUGUAUCUCCUUGAGACGGUGUUUGAUAGAUGUAUUUUUAUGGGGACUGAAUAAUUGUAAUGGAGACCUUUCUCAUCUUCUGUAAACUUACUGUCUAGCUUAAGACUGGAUGUGGGGGCACUUCCAAUUUCUAGCAAAGGAACCUGUACCCUCUUUAAACUGCAUCACUCCAAAUGUGUGUGGGGCAUAUUCUGAGUGCAUCCACACCUUAUCUUUCUACUUCAUAUAUUCCAGGUCGAAAUGUUUUCUCUCGUGUGAAUCAUGCGUAGGCGGGAGAAGUUGUUCUUAUUGCUUCUUUUAAGACGCCAGCACAGUGUUCCUCUAGAAAUCUGCACUCACUGCAUUGAAGACUCUUUAAUACAGCAUUGUUAUUACCUCUUUAAAACUCUUAGUGCAGUGUUUCUCAACCGUGGCCAGUCCACGCAUCUCAAAAGUUGCCAAAGUUGAGAAAGACCACCCUGGUAUACGUCACAUCAAUUUUUUUAAUGAGCUAUUUGAACCUUCAGUUCAACCCGUCACAUGAAGUGCUGAAGUGCUCGUUCUAAUAGCUGCUUGUGCCAACCGACGGGGCGCGUUCACCUCUUAGACAUUCCAGAAAACUGAGCUGCCUUUUUUUUUUUUUUUAACGUUUUUGUGUUCGUGUUAAGUCUCGGGGAAACAUUAACAAAUGAACUUGCCUUCCCCCCCCCCCCCCCCCCCCCCCCCGUCUUCCUCUUUCCGUGCAACAGAUCCCAUUUGGAAAGACUCUCCGUGACUCUCCAUGGCUUCAGUCUUCUCUGGAGCAGCAAGUAUUGUAGGAUCCUGCUUUUGGCCCUUUUAAAUUUUUGAGCGGAGGUCACCUCGUAAAUCGGCCCUCAGAAUUGUCCUGUUCUCAUAAAUGUAGAAAUGGGUGGCUGAAAUGUGCUUUAGAAAAAACCCUCGAAAUUUAGUUUUCUUGCUGUCUGUACUUGUAGCAGGUAUGAAGCAGAUCUGAUUCUUCGAAAGUAUUCCUGGAUUGGCCUGAAAUGUAGAUUCAAGUCUAUAUUAAUAGUCUGAUUUGAUGGUAGAGGAAAGAUCCAAUGUUAUAUAUGUCCCCUAAAAUCUCCACUGAGAUUUUAAUCUGAACAUAGGUUGGUAGUUCUUGAUAUUUUCAAACAUAUUUUGUCGCAGUGCCAUUUGUUUUCUCAACUUUGACCAAUUUUUAAAAUCCUAUAUUCCGGCUUUUUUUUUUUUUUUUUUUAAUUGGUGGCAAAAGUGCCAAAGCAAAUGUGUCAAAUGUUUUGGAUGGAGGAGCUCUUAAAGAGUCCAUGAAUCCUCUGUUAACGUCCAGAGAGAGGUAUUCUUUCAAAACAAAUAUUAUACAUGCAGCUUUUUUUUACUUAUCUUUGAUAUGGUUUCAUUCUUUUCACAUCUGAUAAUGGUGUGAUUUCACCCCGAGGGAUUAAUUUCCCCCCCCCCCCACAGUUGUAAUAUAGCUCUUCAUUCUACGAUCACCUCACCCCUUAGUCCACUACUUGUCUCCUUGGUGUUCAAGAUAUAUUUUCUAAGGGCCUUAAGGUUGCCUUGCAUGAGUAAGAAAAAAAUGCCCUUUUAUAGGGGAAAAAUGCCCAGCACAAAAAUAUUCACAGCAGUGAAUUGUUCAGUUUGCCAAAGAAGCUGGGAGCCAUCAUACAGUCUCAGUUGUAUGACUUUAGUACAGGGGUCUCCAACCUUGGUAACUUUUAAGACUUGUGGACUUCAACUUCUAGAACUCCCCAGCAUUCCACUCUGGCUGGGGAAUUCUGGGAGUUGAAGUCUACAGCUCCGAAAGCUGCCAAAAUUGACCAUCCCUGCUUUAAGAGUUUUGGUUAUCCUACUUCAUCAGGAAUUGUUUGUAACUACGUAUUGGAUUUUGUGGAAUAAUUCCCCUAGAAAGCAGAGCAACUUGCAUAAAUAUGUGGCUGGAUGUAUCUCAAGGGUCCUUAGUGUAAACUGUAGGGAUGAACUGAUUUCCCAAGACGAUUUGCCAAACUCCAUUUGCC